UGGAACCACAUCUCAAUGUUGCCUCGUUUCAAUGGAUAAAGCAGCGAUGAACUUCGCACUGGAAUAACUUAGUGAUUUUAUAUGUUUCGCCAUAUGGUUUCGGGGCAUGUGUUUCUCAAAACGAUGAAUCUGAGCGCUAAACGCAGUUUAUGUACGUUAGUCUUAGUCGUAAUAUUUUCCGAAACAUUACUUCUUGAGGUCAGCGGUUGUCCUCUGCGUUGUACAUGUAGUAUGUUGCGAUCCAAACCCGGGGAGGACCCGGAAAGAACACCAAAAGGCAGGCGCAUCGUAUGCUCUAGUAGUGGCCUAGACAGUCCUGUCGAACCUACGUUGAUGCCUGCUGACACCGUGCAUCUAAACCUGAGUGGCAAUAUUAUAAGCAUACUGAGAACUGGCACAUUCAUGGGUCUGUCUUCAUUGGAAAGAUUAGACUUGUCUUAUAACCGUAUCAGCAUUAUACAGCCUGGUGCAUUUGAAGGACUCAAUUCACUCAAGAAAUUGGAUUUAUCUGGUAAUAGACUUGGUAGUAUCAACAGUAGCAUGUUUUCUGGACUUGAUCGCCUUGAAAGAUUAAAUCUUUCCGACAACCAGAUAGCUACUAUUCCUCAAGGCACGUUCAAUUCCCUGAGGAACUUAGACAUUGUUGACUUCAAGUCUGAUUAUCUUGUCUGUGAUUGUUUGAUGGCCUGGAUUCCUAAGUGGACUAAAAAUAACAAACGCAAUAUAGCCGAUACAACCACCUGUGUCUAUCCAAGAGCUUUAAAAGGGGAAAAAUUAAGGGAACUUCGUAAAAGAGAUCUUCAUUGCGACUAUCCUUUGGAGCUGCCCGUGUUUGACUUGUCACCUCUUAACAAUCAAGUUGUGUUUCUUGGUGACACAUUGCCAAUGACGUGCAUGGCAACUUACCUCGAUGAGUCUACGAGAAUGUCAUGGUUUAAAGACUUGAAAGAAGUCAAACAAAACGCAUCUGCAGGAAUUGGAGUAGAGGAACACAUAUCUCGUGAUAGGUCCAUAAUAACAAGCAAGUUGAUAGUACAUAACUUAGUGAUGAGUAAUGGUGGUUUAUGGGAAUGCCGUGUGUGGACGUCAAGAGGAAAUGACUCGCGUGCUGUCAGUAUAAUCGUUUUAAAAGAUAGUGCUGAGUUUUGUCCAAAGGAGAGCACCUCAGAUAAUAAAGGCACUAUAUCAUGGCCAUUGACAGUUGCUGGUAUAAAAUCAUAUCGUCUUUGUCCGAGAGGUGCUGGUAGUGGAUAUACAGGUGUACCUGGUAAACCUUCAGCCAGCAGACAGUGUAACAUAAAUGGUAACUGGGAAGUACCAAACACAUCUGAUUGUCAGUAUUUUAGUACUGAUACCAAAUGGUUAGAAGAUUUAUCCUUGAGCAAUAUUAACAGUACAAAUGCUUUGAGACUGGCUAAGGAACUCGAAACACAGACAUCAGAUGCACAUACCUUUAGCAAUGAUAUGGAUGUGGUGUUCAUAGCAAGAACAAUGGAAAAGUUCAGUAAAUUCAUUGAUCAAGAGCUUGGCAAAACCAUGAUUAACAUUGCUAGUAAUGUGAUGGAAAUGAAAUCAGAGUUAUUAAGUGCUGGACAGAGGAUUGAACAAGCCUGUACGAGGCUUGUGAUGGCAGUAGAAAAAUUUGCUUCAGAUGUGUUAUUGAACAAAGUACAGAUUAUGGAACACAUUGCACCAAACAUUGGAUUGGAAGCAUUCCGCAUCAAAGCUGAAUCUUUUGAAUCAUCACCGAUCACAUGUGCAUCAUUUGUACGAGAUGGUGGAGUAGACACAGCGUAUGACGACAAACAUUUUAAAUGUUUUACUGCAAAUAUUAACAGUAGUCAGUUGAAUACUGAUUACAAGCCUGUAGAAGCAUCUAUUCAGCUGCCUGUCUCACUAGUUAGUAAAUUACGUGAUACAUAUAGCGUAGGAGCCGAUACCAUGUACAGACUACAGUUCUUUGUUUAUAAGAAUGGUAAAUUAUUCCCGAACACUGGUAAUUCGACAAACUAUGCAUCGAAUGAUGGACGAAGAGAUGUGAGUUCAACUGUCAUCUCCAGUAAAAUUGCUGAUUUAAAUGUAGAGAAUUUAACAGAUCCUGUUAUCCUGACAUUUAGGCCACGCCCACAGGGAGCUGAUCCCGUAGCUGGAUACUGGAAUUUCAGGGCUUUAGAUGGCCGUGGUGCUUGGGAUACUACUGGUUGUAAAAUUGUACAACAGAAUGAGAAUCUGACAUCUGUACACUGCUCCCAUCUUACAAACUUUGCCAUUCUCAAGGAUUUACACAGCCCAGACAACAGUAUGGAACGUAUGGGUGGCUGGAACACAGGACUGUUACAACCCAUAGUUUAUGUUGGCAGCGGUGUUUGUGUGAUUACAAUACUCGUGACCAUCUUGACAUAUAUCUGUUUCAAUAGUCAAAUUCGCUUAUCAAGGAAAAGUGUGCACACAUUAAUGAAUUUAAGUCUGUGCAUCAUCAUGACAGUCACAGCCUUCACAGGGGGUAUAAAUCGCACAGAACCAAAAGUUAUCUGUUACGGGAUUGGUAUCUCAAUCCAUUACUUCACUUUGUGUACACUGGUAUGGUUGGCAAUAGCAUCAAGAAAUCUCAAUAGACGACUAUGCAGGAAGGAUAAAGUAUUGCCACCCGGUGAACCCCCUCCUCCACCCAGACCAAUGCUUAGGUUUUACUUUGUUGGUUGGGGUCUUCCCAUCAUUGUUGUUGGUAUCAGUGCAGCUGCUGAUAUAAAGAAAUAUGGGAGCUCAGACUACUGCUGGUUGGAGAUACAAACUAAUCUUGAGAGUAGCUUACAGCUGAUUGCGUUCCUUUCAUUCGUCAGUUUGAUGUUCCUCGUCAACAUCGUCUAUUUCAUCAGCACGUCAAGGAAGUUGCAGACAAUGCCCAGGAAGUAUGAAGUCAAACAAAUUGAGCAGAACCGUGAGAACGAAAAUGCCGAGCGUGACCUACCGCUCACUGAUUUGGAAUCUAUUGGUACUCACACUGCAGCAACAUCAGUUGCCACUAGUUUUCUGGAUGCUGAACAUAGCUACCAGUCCCAGCUGCGAUCGCUUGUUUUCAUAAUGUUCUGUUUCAUCGGUGUGUGGUUGUUUGGUGCCAUGACAAUAACGCAGGAAUAUCACUUGAGUUUGUUGUUCAGCUACCUCUAUGGGGCUGCCAGCACCGCACUCGGAAUUUUCAUCUUUGUGUAUAAUUGUUUGUUACGAACUGAUGUCCGUCUUAGUUGGCAGCGCUGCUGUGGUUGUCGCCGUAAAACCAGAUACGCAUACUCUGUAGAUUCUGGCGCAGCUUUGCAAGGCAAUGGACAUAUUUAUCAUCACAAGCAAUCAGCAAGCAGCAUUGAUUCGUCAUUCACUAACCGUUCAGUCACCACAAACCGCUCUUUUCACUCCAACCCAGGAUACCGACCAGUGCCGCAAGGCAGAAAAAUGACUAAUGCAAGCAUUCCAUCUCACACUGCAACAUACACUGAUCAUUCAUUUGAUGGUACGAUUGAUAGCAGGACACAUCCGUAUGCUUUGCAACAAAGACCAAAUGGAUAUCCCCCGCAUCAUAGGUAUAUGCAGAAGUAUAAAAACCGUCCACCGAAUAUAAAAUAUCCUCCUCGUCCCCCACAGCUACCAGUAAACAGAGACUGUGGUAUGAACUAUUACAUAUACCCUGAAAAUAGACCUCAGAGUCGGGGUAGUAUGGCGGAUAGCCAUUCAAGUUUUCCUGAAAGCUUGGCUUCUACGGUAAGAGGAGGAGCAAGCCAUUACAGUAGCGAGGCCAACACCCAAGUCAGCCUCAACACAUUCUCGCAGCAAAGAAAGCGAGACAAAGAAGGACACGAAAUAGGACGGGGUGAGUCACGUGAGAGAAUAGGAGGAAGGUCACGCGAUAAACUAAGGGGAGAGCCACGUGAGAUUAUGAGGGGGGAGUCACAUAAUAUAGUGAGGGGGGAGUCACACGAGGAUUGUCAUAAGUCGCAAAACAGUUUACCCAGCAUUCCUAGGGAUAUAUCCCGGGAUAGCAGUUUAGGGAGGGAGGCAAGGAUCACCAGAGAUAAUGAUCCAACAGCAUCAAACAGCAUCAAACCAAAAACACCUGACUCUGAUAUACAGGAGACUGAUUCCGUUUCACCUCCCUGUUACGAAGAUGUAACAGAACCUUGUUAUGAAAAAACAAAUGGGGUUAUAGUCGAGAACUCAGUCGAGGAGGAGCAGUCACAAGUAUCAGAUUCAGGUUCUGGCUCCGGCUCUGAGUCGGGCAUGGAAGGAUCUGAAUGUGGCAAAAAGAAAAAGAAGAAGUCCUCUAAAUGGAAGAAGGAAACCAGUGUAUAA